AUGUUCAUAUUAUAUUUAUUUCACAUUGAGUACAAUGUCUAAUCAAAUUUUUCAUUGUAUUAGYGUUUUUAGUUAAUGUCAGGACAUUAAUUUUGUCUUGUGAUGGAUUCUGCAGAUAAUUUUACAAAUGACGAUGAAAUUGAAAAAAGGGUUAGAACUCUUUGGGUGGGUAAUCUUCAUCCAAAACUGUCCAACCGAGAUGUAGCUGAAUUGUUUUAUCAGGUGGGGCCAAUUGAGUAUGUAGAUUUUGCGUUUGACAGACAUGAUAUACGUGAAAACUUUGCUCUGGUUGUGUUCAAAUAUUCAAGUUCUGUGGAAGAUAGUAUAAAAUUAUUUCAAGGCACUGAGCUACAUGGUCUACCAAUAAUAACAAAAAAUUACUCUAAACACUUUGAAGAUCCAGUUUUUAAUGAUCAACUUGACUAUUUCAAACAACUAAUCGAUGUUGAACGAAAUUGUCARCCAAACAAUAGUCCUACUGAUAGUAAAUGGAUUGAUCARAGAUUAGAUAUGAAAAACAUAAUUCCAGAAACUCUGCCUGAACCACCUAUGCAUGAACAUGAAGUACAUAGUCUUAAUAAAAAUCAAGAUAAUUAUGAUCGUAGAUCAGAUAAUAUGACUAGACGUAGGUCUAAGGACAAUUCWACUAAAUAUAGACAUAAUGCCCCUCAUGCCAAACGUCAUAACUCAAUAAACAACGGUGAACAUUAUCCAAUCGAUAAAUCUCAACAUAGUCUUAAACAUAAAAAGUCUGAACACAACAGCAGCUCUGGAUCAAUGGAUGUGUUUAAUUAUGAUCGGGAUUCACAUCAUAAUCUCAAUACUAAACGUAAACAUCAUGAUAAUGUUAAUACAUCAUUUAGUCGGAAAGAUAGUACAUAUGACAAUCAGGAACCUUUGUUUGCCCAUGGAAAAAGUGGUGCUAAAGAUAAUAUGCUAGUGCGUGAUUUAAGAGAUACUAUGUUUAGGAGACGUAAUCGCUUAGAUUCUAAUUAUCAUAUUGAUACGAAUGCUAAUGCUGGUUGUACGUCACUAUUAGAUCUUAGAGAUACUAUGUAUCAUAAUAAAAUCAAUAGGUAUGAGGAUCAAGGACAACAGCAUUAUGAAUCAGAUUCUAAUAACCACCGAUGGUCAGAGCAAAACACACAUAGCCGUAGUAGUUUCUUAAACAAAGAACCUCAUAAAAAUAAUUUCAACUCUGAGCGUUAUGGUGAUUCAAAUAUUAAACAUCAAAAUCAUUAUGCUGAUCGAAAUUACAACCAAGAUCAAUCACAUAACGAUUUUCAAGAAUUUGACAGUGAAUUUCCAAAUAAUUACAAUGGCAGUUAUAGACGAGAGAAAAAUAGGCCCAUUAAUCAUAAGUACAACAAUCCUCAGAAUAUGGAAUUCAACAAUCGUCAGCAUAAUUCUUAUCACCCUUACAAACGAGGCAAUGAAGGUUUAAAUAGAAAAGAUAACAAAAAUUUGUAUGAUGAACAAUGUGGUAAAAAUCGUGGAAGAAGUUCUAAUAGAGAGGGUUCUGACCGUUCAAGACAUAAUUAUUAUUCAUAAAAUUGAUAAAUAAUUAAUAAUAUUUUAAAAAUAAACUCAUUUAUGUACAUAUUCUU